AUGGAGGUUUCUUCCAUAGAUCGCUUGGAGAUGGUGAAUGAUAAAGUCGAGUACGGUGAUGCUUGUUAUGUUGUGUUAUGCGUACACGACGAUAAGAUCCCGAUUCUUGAGUGGUAUCACACUGAAGAAGCUGUGAGCUUACAUCAACCGUUUAAGGUCCUCGAUCUGCUAUUCGCUACUUACGUGAUUGAAGUGGGUUCCGACCCUCGUGCGUUCGUUGUUGGACUGAAAGAAUUGGAAGCGAUUGAAUUGGUCGCAAUAAGCCCGAAUUUUAGUGAGGUGUGCUUGGAGUGGGUGGACUGCCUAACGGCGACACUACAUCGUUUGUCGAUUCUUGUCGAAGCAUCAAACAUCUACAUUCCAACUCCACGAUUUAAGGUUGACAUGUCAAGGGAAACUUCACCGCGCCAUAAAGUACGCUGUCGUGAUGCACACAGCCUCAACAGGACGUCUCAUAUUCAUUCUCCGCAAGCACUACGGCCUCCACUUCCACCUCGUGCUCAUCAGGUUUUCCCAUAUAGGCCUCUUACUUUGGCCACCAGUGAUGAGAUGCGCGAGGAAACCACUUAUGAUGUACUGCGCGCUCGGUCUCAUGUGAGCUGUGAUGACGAAAAGGAAGCGAAUUGGUACGACAUUCCGAAAGGAUAUUAUAACCCACUAAGCCGUGGAGCAUCUUUAUCGAAUAUGUCAUCUUCACCAAUGGACUCAACAUUGUCGACUACUUCCUUGUGCAGUAGUCUGUCAAGUGCACUACGACUGUGGAACUCGAUCCCUCCUGAAGAUAUUUCUGCUAGUGGUUAUGCUAAUGUGCGCUCAGAAUUGAACAUGCCUAAUUUAAAGGUGCGAUCUGUUGCGCUGAAUCUGUCGGUCUUAAUAGAGCACGUAAUGUUCGUCCAAGUUGAGGGACGGGUCUGGGUGGCAGGGUGGUCCGAGAUAAGGGAUCGUCAAUUAAGUCUAAUGUUCAACGUUGGCGACGAGCUCAUUGAGGUGGAAAACGUACGUGUAAAGGGUUUCGCUAGCGUUAUACAAUUGUUCUACACACUUUCCACUCCGGGCACUCCCGUAAAUCUUCUAUUGAAGCGGAUUCCGUUAGGAAAGAAAUACCGCUUAAUGAAGCCAAUCUCAAAGAACAAGGAAAUCGGCAUUCAGCUGCAUAAGAACAAAAAUCGAAUUGCCAGCGUUAUUCCUGACUCUUUAGCUGAUCGCCGACAUUUACCUGUCUCUAUGGAAUCUCCUUUUAAACCAGGGAUGGAAACAGCUGUGGUAAUCACAGAGGUGAACAAUCGUCGUUUGAAUCCGUUUUCGAAAAAUGGUCAGCUAUUCAAGCGGCUCGAAGAAAUUCGUGAUGGUAGUGAGUUUGAAAUCGUCUUACAUCCUCACGACUUUAUCAAGCUAAUGAAGGAACAAAUUGUCAACUUUCGUCAUUACAAGUCAUUUCUUUGUCACCCAUGA